CCGUCACGCCGCCGCGCCGUUCGUGCGGGCUGCAAUAAAAAGCCCAAAUUUCAUCUCCCACCAUCCAAACAGACUCCGUUCUCAGCUCGUCAACUUUUGGAAACUCCAUGGGUCCAAAAGGACACGGCUUGCUUUUUGGCCGAGGAAUUCUUUAGAGGGCUCGCCUCGGUAGGAUCGGGGUCAGAACCCCCCCCCCCCCCCCGUCACCCCGGCCGGAUGCACGCCUGCAGAGCUUUGCUGUGCGCCACGCUGCUGCUCCACUGCGCCUCGCUCGGUUCGCCGCUGUCCACCUGCGCGGCGGUGGACAUGGACCACGUCAAGAGGAAGCGGGUGGAGGCCAUCCGCGGGCAGAUCCUCAGCAAGCUGCGGCUGAGCGCCCCCCCGCGUGCACAGGGGCCCACCAAGGUGCCCCAGCAGGUGCGGGCGCUCUACAACAGCACGCGCCAGCUGCUGGAGGAGCUCGGGCGGCACCGGCGCCAAAUGUGCGGCGCCGACGCCACCGACGCCGAGUACUACGCCAAGGAGGUCUACAGGUUCAACGUGCUUCACGGGCCCACCGAGAGCAACGACCUGUCCUACUGCCCGAAAGGCAUCACGUCCAAGGUGUUCCGUUUCGACGUCUCGGCCAUGGAAAGGAACGCCAGCGACCUGUUCAGGGCCGAGUUCCGAGCCUUGCGGGUUCCCAACGCCGGCGCCAGGCGCAACGAGCAGCGGGUUGAGCUCUACCAGAUCGUGCGGCCCAACGAACACGUCAGGAAGCAGCGCUACAUCGGCGCCAAAAAGGUGCUGACCAAAGGCGCGCCCGAAUGGGUCUCCUUUGACGUGACCGACGCCGUGCGGGAGUGGCUGACCAGCAGAGGGAGCAAUCUGGGCUUGGAAAUCAGCGUCCAUUGCCCCUGCCACACCUUCGGCCCCAACGGCGACAUCAUCGACGACAACGAGAUUCUGGACGUCAAGUUUAAAGGUGUGGACGGCGAGGAGGAGCAGGGUCGCUUGGACCUCAGCCAUCUGAAGAGGAGCAGGGACCAGAACCUGCCUCACCUCAUCCUCAUGAUGAUCCCGCCUCACCGCCUGGACUCAAAGUCGCGCAGACGCAAGCGAGCGCUGGACACCGACUACUGCUUCUCAAACGCCGAGGAGAGCUGCUGCGUCCGCCGGCUGCACAUCGAUUUCCGCCGCGACCUGGACUGGAAGUGGAUCCACGAGCCCAGCGGUUACGACGCUAACUACUGCUCGGGGCCGUGCCCCUACCUGAGGAGCUCGGACACUCCCCACAGCUCGUUGCUGAGCCUGUACAACACUCUGAACCCGGAGGCGUCGGCUUCGCCGUGCUGCGUCCCCCAAGAACUGGAGCCCCUCACCAUCCUCUACUACUCGGGACGGACCCCCAAAGUGGAGCAGCUCUCCAACAUGAUCGUCAAGUCUUGCAAAUGUAGCUGAGGAAGCCUUUUUUGGGGGGGUGCCCGGUUCUGCAACGGAUAGCGAAUGGGUCAAGUUCAUCUCACAUCUUCAUUUUGUUUGCUUUUUGGGGUAAAACGGUUUGCUUUGUUGAUGAUGAUUGUUAUGAAUAAAAAAAAAAAAGAGAAAACAAGUCUUUUGGAAACUUAAUAAGUGUAAAAAAUCGUUCAUUGUUGACAUUUCAAAAAUCUGGGAUGAUAAAAUUUGAGGUGAAGUCAAAAAUGUACCAAUUAAAUC